AUGGCGGAGGUGGACGCGGCGGCUGCGGCUGCGGCUGGGGCGCAGGCGGUGCAGCUGAUCGACGGCGAGGGCGAGUUCGCGGGCGAGUCGGCGGAGCGGUUCAUGACGGCCGCAGGCGUCGCCGGCUGCGGACUCUCCUACGCCGUCGUCUCCAUCAUGGGCCCCCAGAGCAGCGGAAAGAGUACCUUGUUGAACCUACUCUUUGGGACUAAUUUUAGGGAGAUGGAUGCGUUCAGGGGAAGGAGCCAAACUACCAAAGGCAUCUGGAUGGCACGCUGUGUUGGUGUUGAGCCCUGUACUGUUGUAAUGGAUUUGGAAGGUACUGAUGGAAGAGAAAGAGGAGAGGAUGAUACGGCAUUUGAGAAGCAAAGUUCAUUAUUUGCUCUUGCGAUUUCCGACAUAGUUUUGAUUAACAUGUGGUGCCAUGAUAUUGGUCGGGAGCAAGCUGCUAAUAAACCUCUUCUAAAGACAGUAUUUCAGGUCAUGAUGCGUUUGUUCAGUCCCAGGAAGACAACACUAUUAUUUGUUAUACGCGAUAAAACAAGGACUCCACUUGAACAUCUAGAACCAGUUCUAAGGGAGGAUAUUCAAAAGAUAUGGAACUCGGUUCCUAAGCCAGAGGCACACAAGGAUACCCCUCUCAGUGAAUUUUUCAAUGUCCAAGUCACCGCAUUGCCCAGUUUUGAAGAAAAAGAAGAACAAUUCAGAGAGCAGGUUCAACAACUUAGGCAGAGAUUUGCAAAUUCAAUUGCACCAGGAGGUCUUGCAGGUGAUAGGAGAGGAGUUGUUCCUGCUUCAGGUUUUUUGUUUAGUUCACAGCAGAUUUGGAAAAUUAUCCGAGAGAACAAGGAUCUUGAUCUUCCUGCUCAUAAGGUAAUGGUUGCUACUGUUCGCUGUGAUGAAAUUGCAAAUGAGAGGUUUGGCUGCCUAACCUCGGAUGCUGAAUGGCUAGAUUUGGAGAAUGAUGUACAGGCUGGUUCAGUACUCGGUUUUGGGAAAAAACUUGGAUCUAUUGUGGAGGUCCACAUGGAAGAGUAUGACAAAGAAGCUGUCUAUUUUGAUGAAGCUGUUAGGAAGGCCAAACGGCAACUGCUGGAAUCUAGAAUACUGAAUCUUGUCCAGCCUGCAUUCCAGAAAAAUUUGAGUCAUCUACGUACCAAGGCUCUUGAAAAAUUUAAAACCGGCCUUAAUCAAUCUCUUGAGAGUGGUAAAGGUUUCGCAGCAUCUGUUCGAGAAACUACUGAAUCCUCUCUCAGUGAAUUUAAUCAAGGGUGCGCAGAUUCUGUAAUCAAGCAGGCGGAUUGGGACUACUCUAAAAUCCUAGAGAAAGUUCGGCGUGAUAUUGAAGACCAUGCACUUUCAGUUCGUGAAAGCAAGCUAACAGAACUAACAAAUCAUGCUAAGGAGAAACUAAGAAAAGCACUUGUUGAACCUGUGGAAUCUCUUUUUGAUGCCGCCGGCCAAACAACUUGGUCAUCAAUAGAAAGCCUCUAUAAACGUGAGACACAGGCCAUCCUGCCAGAGGUUUUUAAAGCCCUUUCUGGGUUUGAAAUGGGAAGCGAAUUCUCAGAAGAAAUGGUGUCAAAAUUAAGGGAUUAUGGUCAAAGCAUUGUGGAAAAUAAGGCUAAAGAAGAAGCUAGCAAAAUUUUGAUGCAUAUGAAGGAAAGGUUCACAGUGGUGUUUAGUCAUGACAAGGACUCAAUGCCAAGGACCUGGACAGGAAAGGAAGAUGUUCGUGCAAUAGCAAAGGAGGCUCGAUCUGCUGCUCUCAAACUUCUGUCUGUAUUAGCCGUCAUUCGCUGGGAUGACAAGCCAGAUAGGAUUGAAAACAUUCUGAUUUCCACACUUCUAGAUGGUUCUGUUGCGUCAAAGAGUUCAAGUGCUUCUUCCGGUGACCCGCUUGCUUCAACUAGCUGGGAAGAGGUUCAUCCAAAGCAUACGCUUAUUACUCCAGCUCAGUGCAAGUCAGUGUGGAAGCAGUUCCAAUCAGAAACUGAGUUCACCAUUACACAAGCAGUAUCAACGCAGCAAGCUCACAGGCGCAGUAAUGGCAGACUGCCUCCUCCUUGGGCGCUGGUUGCUAUGGCGGUUCUUGGUUUUGAUGAGAUCAUGAUGCUUCUGAGGAAUCCCAUAUACAUGUUCUUGCUAUUUGUGGGUUAUUUACUUGUCAGAGCUUUAGCAGUGCAGCUAGAUAUUGGCAGAGAAUUCCAAAAUGGAAUGGUUCCCGGGAUCCUAUCUGUUUCAGCAAAACUACUACCCACUCUGCAGAAUCUUCUAAACAAAGUCGCAACUGAUCAGCAGCCGCCGCAACAACAAGGGCAGCAGCACCGCCCUCCGGCAGCAGAAGCUCCGGAGGCACAGCAACCGCCACCCCCGCUACUCCUGAGCCCCAAAAGCUCGAUGAGCGAGCUGCGGAGGCUACACACGCCGCCGAGCCCGGUGCGCAGAUCGGUAUCGUCCCCGUCACACUCCUCGCCGCCGUCACCCAAGGCGUCACCCCGCAAGGUGGCAGAGGAGCAGAAACCAAGACGAGCAGUAGAGCCUGACAACGAGUCCAGCAGUGCUUACUCCAUAGUGUGA